AUGCCUCAUGCGGAACUAGCUGACGUUUUUUCUUUUGACUUCCACAAAUACCUCUUCGAUCUGACGCACGUUGAAUGGAUUAUUCAUGAACUCUCCGGAGGGAAUGCCAACUUCGUCGUCCGAGCAGUGCAAGCGAAUCCUCCAACUCUUGCAUCUUGGACGCCUGAUACCGGCGAAGACACAGAGAGUAAUCUGAAAGAGAAGCUAUUGGGUUGCGCGUCUAUAGUGCUCAAGCAGGCUCCUCCCUACUUUGCCAAGUUCCCUGCAUUUGCCUUUUCACAGACGAGACAGACUAUUGAGGCCAGGGCCCUUCACCUCUUUCAAAAAGCUUCUCCCUUGUCUCGCGCGCUCCAAGGCAAUCCUUGUAUUCGCGUACCAAACUUACUCUAUUAUGACAAGUCGCAGCACGUCCUCAUCCAGUCCGACUUAGGCGCACAUCCUACCCUCGACGAAUUCCUCGACUCUCCGUCGACUACGCCCGAGUCGGCAUCUAUCGCUGGCGAGUCUCUAGGGCGCUUCCUCGCAUCAAUUCACCACGCGUGCGAUGACAACUCAACCAUCAGUACCACAGCCCAUGGAGAGCUGUUCAAAUUGUUUACGAACGAGGAUGGAGAAAUUGUCAUGAAUCAGGUGAUUGACAAUGUUCAAGCAUUCAUGAAGGAUGCUGGGGUGCCCGACCAUGAAGAUCUCGGACAUCGCGCGCGUGAGCACUGGCGUACCAGGAAGAAGAUUGCGUUCUCACAGGGCGAUAUAUGGUUCGGUACAAUCCUUGUUGACGCGACAUCCGACGCUCCCAUCCUAAAGAUUUGCGACUGGGAGUUUGCGGGACCGAAUGAUCUAGCGGCAGACGUCGCCCAACUUGGAGCCUACCUCCAUCUUUCAACUUUGUCGCCUCUCAAGGCCGCCGAUCACAAGCAUCAGCGCAUCCUGCGGGCAUUCGCAUCAGCUCUGUAUUCGGCCCACCUCCCGCCUCUCCACUCGAGUAGCGACCGGAGGGCAUAUCAACGCUCUUUAUUGGUCAUGCACGGAUGGGAGCUCAUUAACGCUGCGGCAUGGAGACACCGUCUUUGGUGCGAUUGCCCAGGCUUCGGAGUGAAAUGCGGCCACAUCAAAAGCAUGAUAUCGGAGGGAGUGAAGCUGUUACGUGCAUGCGGUCAUGCUGACGGAAUGGUUGAUUGGGGCGUCGUGAAGGACGUCAAUUGGUUCAAUGCCCCGGAGCGGGAGUCGCUACGGGUUGCUCCUGCGUAA